GUUCGCUGCCGCUUGUUUCCUCGUUUGUGUUCUUUCGGUAAGCUUGCCAUGUCUGGUGGCGUGUUUGGGCUGUUCCCAGUAUAUAGAUACAACAAAACCACCAUCCGAAUAUUGACUCGAUUCAUACUAUGACCUCUUGGACGAGCCUAUAUUUUACCCUUCACCUGACAGCUUUUCGCUGUUCGGUACUCGGAUGGUCAGAGCACAUUGUUUUGAAACAACGGCAAGCAUCAUUCUCGGGAACCGGACGACGAAUAAGAUUCUUAGCAAAACAGAUAGUUGAUACAGAUACAAAUGCUUGGUGGCAUGCAUCGAUGCGAGUACCAGGAUACUUCAAAGCUUGUUCAAACAUAAUUGUAGCAACAUUCAGCUCAGCCCCUACGUCAAUGUUCGCAGAAUUUUGAACUUGGCUCUUAUCUUCACUCCUUUGCUAAUUAGAGCAGGUCUUUGCACAAUGCUUACUUUCAAGCUAACAUCUUUACUUUCUCUAUUCGACCUCGCUCAUACUACGAAUGUAUUUGAGUCCCUGCACAAUGUACCAAGAGGUUGGGUACAAGUCAAAGCCGCCAGCGGUGAUGAGAGCAUCAAGCUUCGAUUAUCUCUCAAACAACAAAACCUAGCUACAUUCUACAGCAAACUGUUAGCAGUCUCCACUCCAGACCAUCAACAGUAUGGGAAGCAUUAUUCCGGGCAUGAACUCAGGAGCCUCCUACAGCCCACGGAUGAAGCCUCAAACACAACGGUAUUUUGGCUUCAAGAUAAUGAUAUCACGAAUGUCAACCAUGAGGGUGAAUACAUACUGUUCUCCACGACUGUAGCGAAAGCCAACACUCUCCUCGGCACAACAUUCAACUGGUACACCAACCCGGUCACAUCCAAGCCUAUCCUUCGAACACUGUCCUACUCAGUCCCAGCAGAAGUAGCGCCACAUAUCAAUUUCGUACAACCAACAACUAGAUUCAGCUCCAUUCAACCACGAUACUCUAGGUCACAGAUCAAGUACCCAGCCAACAUGAGUCCAGCCAAGUGGGCAGCCACGCAGGUUAAUGCUUCAUGUGCAAGCAUGGUGACGCCGACAUGCUUGCUGGAUCUGUAUAAUAUGCAUUAUAAAGCUGAUCCAAAUAAUGGUAACACGGUGGGCUAUGCUUCGUUUCUGGAUGAAUAUGCGAGGGAUGCGGAUACGGUACAGUUUGCGCAGGCGCUGGCCCCGUAUGCAAUCGGGCAGAGUUUCAAUGUUGUCCAACUCAAUGGGGGACUCAACGACCAAAACAGCGCAAACGACAGCGGCGAAGCCAACCUCGACAACCAGUACAUCAUCGCCAUCAGUUCACCCACACCAGUAACCGAGUUCUCCGUCGGCGGUCGCGGCCCUCUCAUCCCAGACGGUGAUCAACCAGACCCAGCAACCGCCCAAAAUGAACCUUACCUCGACUUCCUCAUCUCCCUCAUGGCCUUACCGAAUGAUAAAAUCCCCAAUGUACUUUCCAUCUCAUACGGCGAGAACGAGCAAGAAAUCCCACCCGCUUACGCAAUACAAGUCUGUAACAUGUUUGCGCAGCUUGGUGCGAGAGGGAAGACCGUCGUUUUCGCUUCUGGUGACUCCGGGGUUGGGAGUUUCUGCCUCACGAAUGAUGGGUCUAAUAGAACGACUUUCAACUCACAAUUCCCCUCGUCUUGUCCGUACGUAACGGCUGUUGGUGGUACGACAUCUGUAGAUCCAGAAGAAGGCGUCUUCUUCUCGUCAGGUGGCUUUUCCGACCUCUGGGCGAGACCGGCGUAUCAAGAAGCUGCUGUGACGUCGUAUCUGUCGAAGCUUGGGGAGAAGAAUAAGGGGCUGUUUAAUCCAAGUGGGAGGGCUUUUCCAGAUGUCUCGGCGCAGAGUAAUAACUUUACUAUUGUUGAUAAGGGGAUAAUGGGGUUUGUGAGUGGCACAUCAGCAGCUGCGCCGGUGUUUGCGGGCGUGGUGGCCAUGUUGAAUUCCGCAAGGAUUAGUCAGGGGAUGCCGCCGAUGGGGUUUAUCAAUCCGGUAAGGAUCCAUAGCCCCCUAUUGCUCCGACCUCAGAUGGUGAAAGCGGUAAAACUGACAAGCAGAAUAGUGGCUCUACUCCAAUGGUACUUCAGCAAUGAACGACAUCACGACUGGCGCAUCAACAGGUUGCAACGGUCUGACACGCUUCAACGGUAGUCCAAAUGGAAGCCCAAUUGUUCCUGGCGCGAGUUGGAAUGCGACUCAGGGAUGGGAUCCAGUUUCUGGUAUUGGGACGCCAGAUUUUGGGAAGAUGUUGAGUUUGACUUCGCCGGGUGUGCCGAAUGAGGGGGCCGUGAGGAUGCGGAGUGGAAUUCGGUGGGAGGGAUUGGGAGAGGUUGGGAGGCGUAAGCGAAAUUAGGUUAGCGAGAAUGUAAAUAUUGCUGAUGGAAUAGCUGUAAGCGGAACAUUGGGGACAUGAUACUUGUGCUUUUCACAGCAGUACGGUUCUAUCAUGCAUCAAGGCUGACUGUUACCAAGAACACAUAUUAUGAACAUGUACAGGCAAGCUGUAUCGACAAAGAGUGGCCCAACCAGACCGGUUUUGUCAAUUUCAUGAGAAUCCACUCUCUCUGAUCUCUGUUUACACCAGAACAAUAGUCGGGCUCACUAUGGUAAUCAUCGCCUCCCAAUUCCCACUAAAAACACAACAAAAUAGGCUGGACUGGAAAGUGGCGGUCCAAUAAUUCACGUGAUUCAUGCCAGUGCUGAACCACGCCAUGAUUCCCCUCUUCCUUCUGAACGCUAGAAGGUAGGC